UUUGCCGUGGGUUUUGGAAACCUUCGUUUUCCGCGUGACAUUACCUCCGUGUUUCCUACAGUACAGCUCGCGCACAUCAAAUAAACUCUAGUUUUUGUCAAAACUUAUUUAGUAAUAAUUUACCACGUGUUUCUAAAGUCACCAGAUCUUACGAGGGUCGAAGCUCAAGUCUGAGUCAAAAUCAGACCUUCGUAAAUUCUCAAAUAAACAGAUUCCUCUCAUCGUAAACAUACACAUCGAACGUCACAGAUUUAAAGGAUUCAUUUUUCUUGUUCUUGUCGUCGCACUUUAUCGACGCUAUAAGUGGGCGACGCGGCAUGGCUUUCUAAUCUGUAGAUGUUUACUGCUCAACAUGAGGGAAACACCGCUAUCUACGUGUGAAAAGCAGUUCCUCUUGCAGGCUAUUGCUGAAAAGAAGCGCCUUGAUGGACGUCAGACUUAUGACUACAGGAACAUAAAAAUAUCUUUUGGCACAGAUUAUGGCUGCUGCAUUGUUGAGGUUGGACAAACAAGAGUCCUUGGACAGGUUUCGUGUGAACUUGCACUCCCAAAAAUGAACCGACCUACUGAGGGUGUAGUUCAUUUUAACCUGGAACUCUCGCCAAUGGCGUCACCAGUAUUUGAAGCAGGAAGAAAUUCUGAGUUAUGUGUUAAGCUUAAUCAGCUACUGGAGCGAUGUUUUAGAAAUUCAAAGUGCAUAGACACAGAAUCUCUCUGUGUUGUUUCUGGAGAAAAGGUAUGGCAUAUUCGUGUUGACAUCCAUUUGCUUAACCAUGAUGGAGAUAUUAUUGAUGCUGCAAGUAUAGCAGCAAUAGCGGCUUUGAGUCACUUCCGGAGACCUGAUGCAUCUGUUCAAGGGGAUGAAGUAACAGUGUACUCCCUCGAGGAGAGGGACCCAAUUCCUCUGUGCAUCCACCACAUGCCUAUCUGUGUUAGCUUUGCAUUCUUCCAACAAGGAAAAUACCUACUGGUAGAUCCUACAGAGCGAGAAGAAAGGGUGAAGGAUGGUUUGUUGGUAGUUGCAAUGAACAAACACCGUGAGAUUUGCAUAAUUCAGUCAAGUGGAGGAAUUAUGUUGUUUAAAGAUCAGGUACUCAAAUGUUGUAGAAUUGCCAGUGUAAAAGUAGCAGAAAUCACAGAAUUAAUUCAGAAAGCUUUGGAAAAUGACAUACAAGCCAGGAAACGAGGAGAAAAAUUUGGCUUUGCAGAGUCUCUCCCUGACCAGAAGAUUACAGCUCUCAAGAUGGAUGUUACAACAAUAGAUACAAGUGAUGCAGAAGACACUGCUAGAGAGGUUGUGGAAAAGGCGGAACCACCAAUGGAAGUUAAUUCAAAACCAGUUGUAUGGGCUCCAGGGACAGUACAGAUUGGCGAAGGCAUUGAAAAUGCUUGGGGCAUUGAAGAUUUUCCAAGUGACGAUGAGGAAGAGGAGGAGGUUAUUUUUAUAGAUGAAAACAAGAUGGAUAUGGCUAACACAAAUGGUACAAGCACAGGAAGAAAUGUUCUUGAGGUUAUAAGUCUGUCAGACAGUGAAGAAGAAGAUGUAAUGAUACUGGAGCCAGAGGGAACUGAAAGAAAAGAAAAAAGGCCCAGCAACAUCAACAAACAGAAGGACACACCAUUUAAAGAGUCUGGCAAAAAGAAGAAAACUAAAACAAAGAAGUUCCACCAAUCUUGGUAAUAUGGUGGAAUAUUUCAGUUGUUUAAUAUUGUACAGAUUUUAUAUGAGAAAUAAAUCUAUCGAAAGAA